UUCAGUCUUGUCGUGGAUGCAGCGCGGAUCGAUAUCGGAGACUAGAGCAGCGGAAGGAGCUGCUUAGCAAAUUUCGACACACAACAUUUUUGUAUCCCUCAAAAUUGAACCGAAAAAUCUGCAAAAAUAAAUUCAACCAACUAACACGAAAAGAAACGCGACGUGCGAAAAGCCAGCCCAAAAAAGUUAUAUAAAGUAUGAGCGACAAGGAUAUCGUGCAAAUUCAAAAGAAUAAUUGUGUAAUUGAAAAAUCUGUGUGCAGGCUGUGCAACUGUUUUCGUAUCCAAUCAAUAGUUCAAUCAAUACGCAUAAAUAACUGAUAAGUUUGCUGUGGAAUCAACGGCAGUAAAGCGCCCAUUUUGGGGGCACUUGCUGUGAGGUGCUUAGAAAAAUUUUCGCCUACAUUUGCGACAUGCAGUGAAAAUUUUUUCCGAUUUUUAGUAUGUACAUGUACGUUGGAGCGCUCGUGGGCGCCACAAACUGCGGUGGCAGGGGUAUUCGGCGAGCUUUUGCCCCAACCAUAACCCCCAGUAUUGCUAAUACAGCCGACUCGGUCGGAGUAGCGGUUGUCUGACAACGCAUCGAUGCGAAAUAUGUGCCCGUUUUGAAUUCAUUAGCCAAAAAUUAUGCAAAUCAAGUGUACAAAAUGUCGAAAACCGAACGUGCUAAGCAUUUAGGACCAAAAAACCAGGCGAAAUCAUAAGCAAUAAUCGGUGCAGUGCCGUUAACAGUCGACGUGUACCGUUAACAUCCGCAGCCAACUUCGCCUGGCCGAGCUUUCGCUCUCGCGCGCUCUCACGCUCUCUCUUGGCAGGCGCGGAUAAAACGGAUUGCCGAGUAACACCAACACAAGGACACGCGAAAAGCUCGCGCUCAAGGACUGGAAUACGCGACAGACACACAGAGCGAAACAGAGAAAGAGCAAGAGAGAGAGAGGGAAAAGGACACUUUACGUUUACGCGCGCAACGUGCGUAGGUGUCUCUGUGUGGGUAAGCCUGAGUGCCACCGUGCGUGUGAAUGAAGGCGCCACAUAGUGCAACAUAUCAGGAUAACUAUGCUGAUGCGGCCAUGACAGCCAGGACACGGCCGAGCAUGGACAGGGAUCAGCAGCGAAAUCGAAAUCCGGCGGAGCUGAGGCUCCUGCCCGCCCAGCGCACCUCCACCUCCGCCUUUGAAUCCCCCGACUUGCGGUUCAACAAGGCUCGCCGCCGGCGGAGAAGCGAGCAAGUGCCUCCCGUGGUCGUCGAAUACCGUCGCUCCUACCGCGUGCUCAUCGUCAGUGCCCUGCUGGUCAGUCUGGCGGCCAGUUUUGUGACCCUCAGCGCCGGUUUCCAACUGGACGGCUCGCAGAACUCCUUUUACACCUUCCGCAAGUGGUACACCGGACUGAAUGGCACCCUCGAACUGGAGUUCAAGACGGAACAGCCCAACGGAUUGGUUCUCUACACCGACGACGGCGGCACCUACGACUUCUUCGAACUGAAGCUGGUGGAAGGAGCACUCCGGCUGCGAUAUAAUCUUGGUGGCGGAGCCCAGAUCAUCACUGUGGGUCGGGAGCUGCACGAUGGCCACUGGCACAAGGUGCAGGUCCUGCGAAACGACGAGCAGACCUCGCUCAUCGUGGAUGGCGUUUCGCAGCAGCGGUCGACCAAGGGCAAGGAGUUCCAGUUCGGCAAGUUUGCAAGCAACUCGGACGUCUAUGUGGGCGGUAUGCCUAACUGGUACAGCAGCAAGCUGGCGCUGCUCGCCCUGCCAUCCGUCAUCUUCGAGCCGCGUUUCCGUGGCGCCAUCCGCAACCUGGUCUACGCGGACCAGCCGGGCGGCUCCACCAGGCGCCAGGAGAUCAAGCAGCAGCGCGACAUCAAGUGCGGCGAUGUGCCCUGCGAUCACGGCGAGCUGCCCGCCCGUGAAAGGCCGCUCAGGGGUGUUCGGGGCGGCAACACUACCGAUGCCUGCGAGCGAAACGAUCCUUGCCAGCACGGCGGCAUCUGCAUAUCCACUGAUUCCGGUCCAAUUUGCGAGUGUCGAAACCUCGAGUACGAUGGCCAGUAUUGUGAGAAGGAGAAGGCGCCAUCGGAAGCAACGUUCCGCGGUACACAGUUCCUCUCCUACGACUUGGGCCAGACGGGCGCCGAGCCGAUAGUGAGUGCCCAGGAUGCCAUAUCCUUCUAUUUCCGCACCCGCCAGCCGAACGGUCUGCUCUUCUACACGGGCCACGGCACGGACUAUCUAAAUCUGGCACUGCGCGAUGGAGGCGUCUCCCUGACCAUGGGUCUGGCCAAUGGCAAGCAGGAGAUGCACAUCAAACCCUCGAAGGUUCGCUUCGACGACCACCAGUGGCACAAGGUCACCGUGCACCGUCGCAUUCAGGAGAUCUCCUCCAUAACCAGCUUCUGUCGGCUGGUUACCGUGGUGGAUGAUGUCUAUACGGAUCACUCCCACAUUGCCGGCAAGUUCACCAUGCUCUCCUCCUCGCGGGUUUACGUUGGCGGUGCUGUUAAUCCCCGGGCUCUUUUGGGCGCCCGUGUGCACACCAACUUCGUGGGCUGUCUGCGCAAAGUGGAGUUCUCGGCGGAUACGCUUAAUCUGAACCUCAUUGACCUGGCCAAGAGCGGCUCCAAACUGAUCCAGGUAGCUGGCAAUCUGGAAUACCAGUGCCCCAGUGGGGAUCCACAGGAUCCCGUGACCUUCACCACUCGCGAAUCGCAUUUGGUCCUUCCUCCCUGGGAAACUGGCAAGCAGAGUUCCAUAAGCUUCAAAUUUCGCACCAAGGAGCCUAAUGGCAUCAUUGUCCUGGCCACAGGAUCGAAGCAACCAAGGGCCAAAAACCCCGUCUUGAUUGCCAUUGAGCUGCUGAAUGGGCACAUCUACAUCCACUUGGACCUCGGAUCCGGAGCCUCCAAGGUGCGAGCCUCGCGACGUCGCGUGGACGAUGGCGACUGGCAUGACCUGAUUCUUCGCCGGAAUGGACGCGACGCCAAGGUGAGCGUGGAUGGGGUGUGGAAUGACUUCCGGACGCCCGGUGACGGCACCAUCCUCGAGCUGGACGGGCACAUGUACCUGGGCGGAGUGGGUCCUGCCUACAAUAGCGUGUCCUGGCCAGCGGCCAUUUGGACGGCGACGUUGCGCCAAGGAUUCGUGGGCUGUUUGCGUGACCUGGUGCUGAGUGGCAAGGCGAUCGAUAUAGCGGCAUUUGCACGUGUCCAGGACUCGGCCUCCGUGAAGCCAUCGUGCCACGUGCAGGCCAACGUCUGCAACGGCAAUCCCUGCCUGAACGGAGGCACCUGUCUGGAGGGCUGGAACCGACCCAUCUGCGACUGCUCGGCCACGCUGUACGGAGGACCCACCUGCGGACGGGAACUGGCCACGCUGGCCUUCAACGGCAGCCAGCACAUGACCAUUUGGCUGGGCAACGGACAAGGCACCAAGACGCAGACCGAGGAGCUGGUCAUCCGCUUCAAGACCUCGCGUCCAGCGGGACUCCUGCUGCUGACCAGCGCCGAGUCCAACUCGCCGGAUCGUCUGGAGAUCGCUCUGGUGGCGGGAAGGGUGAGGGCCAGUGUGCGGUUGAGCGAUCGUGAGAAGAACUUACUGGCCGGCCAGUCCGUGCUCAACGACAACAACUGGCACACGAUCCGCUUCUCGCGCAGAGCCUCCAAUCUGCGGCUACAAGUCGACGGGGCUCCCCCCGUCAGGGGUAUGUUAUCCGAAACGAUCCUGGGUCGUCACAGCACCAUGGAGAUCCGCUCGGUCCACCUGGGUGGCCUCUUCCAUGCCGAGGAGGAGAUCCAGAUGACCUCCACCAUGCCGAACUUUGUGGGUCAGAUGCAGGGCUUGGUGUUCAAUGGCCAACGCUAUUUGGACAUUGUCAAGAGCCUGGGACCGGAGCUGUCGGCUCUGCCCAGUGCCACCUUCAAGUUGACAGCCCGCUUCGUGAACUCUCCGGCCGGACAGCCCUACCAUGCGGCCACGUUUCGCUCCAAGCACUCCUACGUGGGUCUGGCCAUGCUGAAGGCCUACAAUAGCAUUUCCAUUGAUUUCCGCUUCAAGACCGUGGAGCCCAAUGGUCUGCUGGUCUUCAAUGGCGGACGACGCAACGAUUUCGUGGCCGUGGAACUGGUCAAUGGUCACAUCCACUACACCUUCGAUCUGGGAGAUGGUCCAGUGACGAUGAGGGACAAGUCGCGCAUCCACAUGAAUGACAACCGCUGGCAUCAGGUCAGCAUCAGGCGUCCGGGUCCCAAGACGCAUACCCUAACCGUGGACGACUCCUUCGAGAUUAUCAGCCUAACUGGAAACAACAUGCACUUGGAGCUGGCGGGUAUCCUGUACAUCGGAGGCGUUUUCAAGGACAUGUACUCGAAGCUGCCGGCCUCGAUCUCGUCGAGGUCCGGAUUCGAGGGCUGUCUGGCCUCUCUGGAUCUGGGCGAUGCCUCUCCCUCGCUGACCAGCGAUGCAGUGGUGCCCAGUUCACUGGUGGUCAGUGGCUGCGAGGGACCCACCAAGUGCAGCCAGAAUGCGUGUGCCAACAGAGGAAACUGCGUGCAGCAGUGGAAUGCCUAUGCCUGCGAAUGUGACAUGACCUCCUACACAGGACCCACCUGUUAUGAUGAAUCGAUUGCGUACGAGUUUGGCAACAACAAGGGCAUGGUGCAGUACACAUUCCCGGAGAACGCACAGGCUGACACGGAGGAGGAUAACAUAGCACUGGGCUUCAUAACCACCAGGCCGGAUGCAGUGCUCCUGCGGGUGGAGAGUGCCACCACGCAGGACUACAUGGAGCUGGAGAUAGUGGAGGGCAACAUCUUCAUGGUGUACAACAUUGGCAGCGUGGAUUUGCCGCUGGGCGAGAUCGGGACGAAGGUGAACGACAACGCCUACCAUGUGGUGCGGUUCCAGCGCAAGGGAGGCAAUGCCACGCUCCAGCUGGACGACUACAAUGUGCAGGCACUGACGCCACAGAGCCACCACUCCACCGUGUUCAAUACCAUGUCCAACGUUCAGGUCGGCGGCAAGUUCAGCCGGAACGGUCGCACUCGAAUCGAGCGGCCGUUCGCCGGCGUGAUCGCCGGACUUUCGGUAAACAAGUUACGCAUCUUGGACUUGGCCGUCGAACGCGACCCCCAUAUCACCAUCCGCGGAGAUGUUCAAUUGGUAACUGGAGUAUUAGAUAGAAAUGAUCUGCAGAGAAUGCAGCAGACUUUGAACUCUACUCGACAGACGCCGGCGAGUGGUUAUCCGGGUGCGCUGGACGAUCUGAUCUUCUCGGGAGCCGGAUCCGGAUGUCGCGGCGACGACGAGGACGAGUGCACGCCGCCAUUCGAAUCGGGAAGCGGAGAUGAUCUCAUAACACCGGUCUACGUGCCGCCCACCAAGCAGACAACCACAUCCCAGCAGGGGAAUAGCUUGAGUACCGGCGGGAGCAGCAGUGGCGGUGUCAUCACCAAUGGCACGGAACGGGCCUGCGAUGACGAGGACUGCGUCCAUGGAUCCGGCGACUACGGCGAGACCACGGAGCAGUUCACCUCGACGAGCACCGCCCGCGGUUCAGAGUCCAACAACAACGAGAUGGUGACCAUUACCACCACGGGACGCAGCGAUGUGACCACGGAGCAGCACCAAGGCAGCAGUAGCAGCAGCAGCAGCGGCAGCACUCCGUCCUACGCAACCACGCAGUCGAGCAGCAGCAGCAGCGGAGGAUCGGCAGCCAGCACUCCGGGUCAGGUGAGCACGACCAGCAGCGUGGCCACCACAUCCACGCAGCGAGCCACCAGCAGCAGCACCAGCACGAGCAGCAGUACAACCACGACGACCACGACAACGACCACCACUCAGGCCACACCGCCACCGGAGAUCCGGAGCACGGUCACCGAACGCGACACCACGCCCUAUGACGUUUAUGUGGCUGGUGGCGGCAUGGGCGGGUCCGGGCGAAAUGAUCACGAUCGCAUGCAGCUGCCGGACGAGCAUCACCCACUGCCACCGCUUCCGCCACCCAUUCCGCCGCAGGAUCCACCUCCGUACGGUCCUUAUGGCGGCAACACGUACAACACCAACAUGAACAACUACCGUCCAAAGGGUAAGGGCGGCCGAAUCAACUCCAUCGAGGAGGAGCGUACCGCCAUGAUAAUCGGCAUAGUGGCGGGCAUACUGAUUGCAGUGGUGCUGGUCAUCCUGCUGGUCCUGUGGCUCAAGUCGAAUGGCGAUCGUGGCUAUAAGACGGAGAGCGAGAAGGCGGCCGCCUACGGAUCUCACAAUCCGAAUGCUGCGCUCCUGGGGAACACGAGCACCAAUGGAUCCUACCACCAGCAGAGGCAGCACCACAUGCAGGGCGGCGGCGGAGGAGCAGGCCAGCAGCAGCACCAUGGCCAACAGCAGAUGCACAACGGGCACAACGGUAAUGGGAACGGAGGAGGCGGCGGUGGAGGCGGCAUGAUGUCCAGCGGAAGUGGGUCACUUGGCUAUGGGAGCGAUGGGCGACCCCAGAUGGCGGGCUUGGUGCAGCCGAAGGCCAAGAAGCGCGACUCCAAGGACGUCAAGGAGUGGUAUGUGUAAGGCGGCAUGGUCGCUGGGAAUUAUCGUCAAAUUAGCAAUAAUUGCAAAUAGUGCAAAGUGAGCCGAAAGUGAAAGUGAAAGUAAAAGUCCCCCUAAGAUACGAGAAACAAAGAAACACACACAUAAGCGUAUAUAAAUAUAUUUAUUUAGCAGCCUCGUAACGUUAAUUAAACAAUUAUAAGCGGUCGCAGUCGGACACUGGGUGUACAAACGGAAACGGAAAUGGACGGAAGGAUAAUAAUAUGUAGAUGGCGCCUUGCGCAGCUCGGUAGGUGGGCAUCACGCGAUGAUAACGUUAGCAGCAAGCAGAUAGAGCAGAUAGCCGGUAGCAGAUAGCCGAUAGCUGAUAGCAGAUAGACACGCAAAUACUUUAGACAAGUGCAUCUGGCCAGGAGCAUUGGUUCGCCCCCAAAGGUAACGUUUAGAUUACGCCUAAGAAAUUAUAGCUUCGACUCAAGACUUGCUAAUAGAUACCACUACCACUACCACUGGAGAGCAGCCACAUCCAUCAGCGAAUAAGCAUAUUACACUAAACGAAUAAAACUAUAUAUAUUAUAUAUAUCACAGCGUUACGAUAAAUUAUGCCACUAGCCAAUCAAGUAAUUGUGUAAAAUAUUUCGCCACAAAGUAUGCUAUGAAAAGUUCGAAGAAAGAAAGCCCAUAACCGAAACCAAAACCAAUUAAACUGCAAAUCUUCUAGCGAAACCACUAAACAAUUUAGCAGAAAUUCAAUAUAAACGUACUUAAAUAUAUAUAUUUAUAUGUAAACGAAAGAGUAAUGAGGUUCUAAGUGGGUUUUUUCUUCGCGUGUAAAGUUACAAAAUGUGGUGCUGUAAACGUAGGAGACAAACAUUGGUUGACUACAAUAAUAGUAAUAAUAAUAAUAAUAAUGACGGGGAAUGCAAGAAUUUAUGCUACAGAAUGUUUGUUGAAUUGAAACCGGCUUUAAUUAGUUAAAAUGUAAAUGAGAUAAUGGUAAACCUAAAGGAUAACGAAAUUAAAUCAAACACUAUAAUAUGGAGGAAACAGUAGAAACCCACGAUUUGGUUGACGUAUACGUGAUGCGACUUUUUCGUUUGCGUGCAGCAACUCGAUGCUACUUUGAGUUAGUCCCUCCCACUCCCGAGCCCCACACAUAUACUUUUUAUAUGUAUUUGAGACUAAAUAUUGUCACCGACCUGCGUGCAAUAUGAACUCAGACAUAUCAAGGAAAAGACAAGACACACACACUUACACACGAACACACCAAACACUCCAACACACACGCGAAAUUCGAAGACACUGAAGCGAACCUACCUAGCUUUUCUACUACAACUGCUAUUCAAUGUGAGCCAACAUUACUUUACCGUCGACUAAUGAGGAAAUCAAGCAACAAUUUUACAGUAUUAUAGCAGCUUUAAGCGUAUUUUUCGAAGCCCACGUGACGUAUACACAAUCAGCAGUCACCAGCACACUCAAAGCUAACACCCACACACACAGUUACACCAGCACACAUACAGAAGCGAAAUUCGAUAUUCAGCAAGCCGCCAUUGAAUUCUGUAUACAUAUUUAUAAUCGCAUAUAUCAUUUUAAUGCGCUAUAUUUAAAUUUUUGUCUCACUAACAAUACCAAUUAGUGUAUCAUUUUGGAUUAGAUAUACAAAUACCUAUAUACACUCGAUAUACUACUACUAAUACACGCACACUCAUCCACUCACCCCACUCACACAAUCACCAACUCACGCAUUCGAUCACUAGCGAAAUUACUGGACAUACUUCUCUCGAAUUCUUAAUGGAAACCAAGGCGAGGUAUGCUGUAAAUACCUAGGAAAGUACUAUAUAUACAUGAAUAUAUAUAUAUUUAACAACUAAAAAAAACAUAUAUAUACUGCAUUUCAAGAAACUUUUGAUAUAUUUUCGAGUUUUUUAAACCCUUAACUUGUAUACAAAAAGGAAGCGAAAGCGAAAACACGAGACAAACUAGCGAAUCUAGCUGAAAUGAACACCUAGGACAAUUACAAUUACAAGUACAUAGCGAAACAGUACAUACAGUACAGUACAUAAACACAACUAUAUAUACAGGACAUACACGCAUACAUCCAAACUAUACUAUUUAUAAAUGUACAUCUAUACAAAAUAUACAUGCAUACCAUAUAACGUACGAGUAUGUUUAACAAACAAUGAUUAUUAUUACGAAUUACGUCCCUUCGAUUUGAUAAUGAAACCAAACGAAAAGAAACCACAAAUUUUAACGCUGUUGAUAACCAAAACCAUUCCCACUUAUAUAUGUAACACUCUCUCCCGACAACUUUCUCUCUAUCUCUUCACAAUGUUAAUGCUGCACAAUGAAAACUCUGCAUUUAAAGUAAACCACUAACGUUUAUUCAUUUCGAUUCAAGAGAAAACCAAAUUAAAAAUAACUAAUUAUACAAAUUUGCCUUGCGAUUUAUCAGCGAGCACACGAUAUUGAAUCCAAAAUCCAGAUGGGGAGUUAAAAAUAUUCGCGCUAAAGAUAUCGAAUCGACACGCCCCCAAAGCAAGAUUUUCUUCAUUGUUUCGAAACGAAUUACAUUUUAUUAAGAUCAAAACCAAAUCAAGGUAAAUGUUAUGUAUGUAUGAUAUAGUGGGAGGAUCGUGAAAUGAAGGACGAGUACAGUUAGUUGUAUGGGUAAAAGUAACAUAGUUAAAGCAUGUAACUUAAUAGUUCAAGGAUCGGAGGAGGAGCGAUUGCGAGUGGGAGCGCAUAUAAAGGGAAACGAUCGCAAGUAUCGGUACUAAAACUUACUUCUACUUAGGCUUAAUAUCAUUGUUAUCUAAUCUAUACAUAUAUAAAAACCGACACACAACACCCCACAUAUAACAGAGAAUAUGUAUAUGAACAUGUAUUGGACGCGCGGCGCUUGAGCUGUGCCUACAUAUAAUUAUAAAUAUAUAUAUAUAUAUUUAACAAAUUGUAACGUGUAUAUGUAGCGGCAGUGAUUGUUAAAGAAAUUGCUUUGUUUUGUGUUAGAUUUUAUAAUUUACGAAAAAACAAAAAUUGUAAAACGCAUACAAAUACAGAAUGACUGACAAAACACAGAAUUAUAACAUUGCAUAUAAUAAAUACAAUAAAACUAUAA